GAGUGAGUGGAGGAGAGGGGCAGCGUCAGGGCAACUUUUCCACUGGAACAUCACCGAUACAUCUCCCCGUGUUCUUCCAAAAUGGCUCCAAUCACGACCGACGGAUCCGAGCAAGAGUCUCAGCCCAAGCCGGAUCAAAACGGCCCCGGCGAAACAGCAGACACCGGCAGAGAGGAGCAGGCCGUGCCGGACCCCAAACAGGAACCGGGCGACAACAACGAGAGCAGAGCAGGAAUGGACGUGAGCGGUGGUCGUGCUGAGCCCGAGCAGCCCGGGGACAUCCCGUCCCGAGUCCCCGACACCGACCAAGAAGCCUCGUCCCCCACCGAAAAGCCCCAGGGCGAAGAAGGGGAGCCCGGUGGCGAACUCGCCGAACCGGGGAAAAGUCCCGUUCAGGGGAGUUUGGCGAGUAGUGUCGAUUCCGCACAGGAGGGCUCCCGGGUGCUGAAAGAAGAACAAAGAGAGGGGGAGAACGUGUCCUGCUCGCCGCCUGCAGAGCGCACAAAGACCGCGGAGAGAGCCGGACACGGCGUCAAGCGACGGGCCAGCGUGGAGCUGACCUCGUCGGAUGGAGAGCCGCUCAGCCGGAUGGAUUCGGAGGACAGCAUCGGCAGCACCCUGAUGGACAUGGAGAGCACGGCAUCCAGCGGUCGCUCCACUCCAGCCAUGCUCAAUGGUCACAGCGGGGGUGUGGUGUCUGGGAGCGGUUCGGUGCCCGCGGGGGGCAAGUCUCUGAACUACACGUGCUGCUGGGAUCACUGUCAGAUGGUAUUUACCAGCAGUCCUGACCUGGCUGAGCAUAUCAGAGCCACACAUGUGGACGGACAGAGAGGAGGGGUGUUUGUGUGUCUGUGGAAAGGCUGUAAAGUGUACAACACACCAUCAACCAGUCAGAGCUGGCUGCAGAGACACAUGCUGACCCACAGCGGGGACAAACCAUUCAAGUGUGUGGUGGGGGGCUGCAACGCCACGUUUGCCUCGCAGGGGGGGCUGGCACGUCAUGUCCCCACUCACUUCAGCUCACAGGGUUCAUCCAAACUGUCCAAUCAGGGAAAAGUGAAGGAGGAGUCUCCCUCCAAGGCCGGCCUAAACAAGAGGAGGAAACUCAAGAACAAACAACGACGUUCACUCCCCCGACCUCAUGACUUCUUUGAUGCUCAGACCAUGGACGCCAUCCGUCAUCGAGCCAUCUGCCUCAACCUGGCAACACACAUCGAGAGCCUGGGCAAUGGACACAGUGUGGUUUUCCACAGCACGGUAAUAGCCAGAAGGAAAGAAGACUCUGGGAAAGUUAAGCUCUUGUUGCACUGGACACCAGAAGACAUACUGCCAGAUGUGUGGGUGAAUGAGAGCGACCGACUGCAGCAGAAGACCAAGGUGGUUCAUCUGUCAAAGCUGCCCACAGACACGGCUGUCCUGCUCGACCCUAGCAUUUACAGGAUGUUCUUCUAACAGAUCCACAGAAGCUAUAAUGUCACAUCCUGCUAAUCAGACCUUAAGAAGGAGGCCAUGUGCUCAUCCCUUCCUCUCCAUCUCCAAAACCCUCUCCCCCUCCUCCCUCUCCCAGAGGAUGCUGGGAGUGUAGUCAUUGUAUGUCCUGGCUGUCUGAGGCCCACAGUGUUUUCUUUUAAUAGGUGCUGAGUUUACUGAGGACCCGUAGGGCAAGAUGUUGCUUGUUUUAGGAAACACAACUAGAGUGAAAACUAACUGACAGUGCUGUAACUGUAGACCUGUGUAGAAAGAAGCUGUCUUUGUAAAUACUUGAGAUUUGUAAUAUAUUUUUAUACUUUGAAUUUUUUACUCCACUGUAGAUAGAUGUCUUUUUUCCACCAAACAUGUUUAAAUAGAUGUUUUUAAAACUGAUAAUAUUGAUCAUGUGCAUAUAGCAUUGCUCUGGUUUGAUGCCAUUAAACUUUUCCAACCUCAA